AUGCACCAGCUACAUUUCAGCGGUGCAUGACUUCUAUCUUCUCGGAUUUAAUUGAGGAGAUGGUUGAGGUAUUCAUGGAUGACUUUUCCGUGUAUGGCUCCUCCUUCUCCUCUUGUUUGUCAAACUUGUGCAGGGUACUUUCUAGGUGUGAGGAGACAAACUUGGUACUCAACUGGGAAAAAUGCCAUUUCAUGGUUAAAGAAGGCAUUGUAUUGGGGCACAAAAUUUCAGAGAAGGGUAUAGAGGUUGACAGAGCAAAGAUUGAGGUUAUGGUGCAGCUGCAGCCACCAAGGAGUGUCAAAGAUGUGAGAAGUUUUCUGGGACAUGCUGGGUUUUAUAGAAGGUUUAUCAAGGAUUUCUCCAAGCUUGCAAGACCAAUGACAAGGCUGCUGUGUAAGGAAACAGAGUUUGAUUUUGAUGAGGAAUGCCUGAAAUCUUUUCAACUCAUCAAGGAAGCUAUGAUUUCAGCUCCAAUAGUCCAAGCUCCAAACUGGGACUAUCCAUUCGAAAUCAUGUGUGACGCUUCGGAUUACGCUGUAGGAGCAGUCUUGGGACAAAAGAUUGACAAGAAGCUCCAUGUCAUCUACUACGCAAGUAGAACAAUGGAUGAUGCUCAGGUGAAGUAUGCCAGAACAGAGAAGGAGUUAUUAGCAGUUGUUUUUGCAUUUCUGCUUAUUUCAUUUGAAGUACUCGACCACACACAGUGGUUUAGAAACGGACUGUGUGGUAGAGUACAUUUGUUGCAGUUUCUGUUUGGUACUCGACCUGAUACUCGACCACAUCCAGUGCUUGGCAUCAAGCUGUGUGAUCGAGUAUAUUGCAUGUUUCUGUUAGAAUUUCUGUUUUUGCAUGAUCACCUAGGACUGUUAGAAACACCAAAACCUGUUAUUGCUUGGCUUGACUCUGUGAAAUCUGAUUGCAUCUUGAUUGCUAGCAUCACACCCAUUUGGAUUGACACCUUAAAUACUGCAAUGACAUGAUAGUAAUUUAAGGAAUUGAGAACUAGUUAAAAUCUUACUAUCACUCCAAAACCGAAAACUUACAGGACUUCGGUCAUACCCACAAAGCUCUUAGAGGCAAUAAGAAGAUUGGUUAGUG